AGCGGCGCGCAGCGCACAGGCUUACCCGAGGAGAAAACACCUGCUACCGGCGGAGCGAGUGGACAAAGACGACUGUGUCCCUUGACACCUGACUGCACCUACUCCACUCGCCCACACAUCCCACUGUCUGGCGGGACCAUGUGGGUUCUGGAGAAGAUCCGUGGCACGGUGGAGAGUGGCGUGCUGCGUCAGGGGGACAACGGAGACAAGAAAGACGUCCCCUACAGCAACGUUCUCACCCCAGACAAGAUCCCAGACUUUUUCAUUCCUCCGAAGCUGGUCAGCACCCCCCCAGAGCCUGAGAUUUCCCACGUUACGGCCAAAGAAGGACUGCAACCCUCAACUUCGGAGCUAACUAUCAGCAGUGGGAAGAAGAUCAGCAGCCCGAGAAGUCCACGCCUGGUGGCGAAGAUCGCAGGAGACACCAAGAACCUGCUGAGAGCAGCAAACCGUCACAUCAUACAGAUAGAGAGCGCUGAUGAUGUCGGAGACACCAAUUCAGACCCCCAGUCGCAGACAGCAAUGUCCCUGUCUUAUGUGCCUAAGACUCAAACCCCAUAUGGCUUUGCAACCUUGAAGGAAAGCCCCCACACUCGCCGUAAAGAGUCACUUUUCCAUUGCGAGCUUACCAGUCCUAUCACCUCCCCAAACACCCAGAGGAAGACCCAGGGGAGAAGCGGCGAAGGGGGAAACCACCUGAACCCCGCUGACUGCAACACGUCUCACAUGAACCCCUAUCGCUACUUCAGCGGAGGGGAAAGUGACACCUGCUCCUCAGCCGAGUCCUCUCCCUUCAGCUCUCCCCUGCUCUCCCGCUCCGCCUCCCUCCUCAAGAUCUUCACCCAUGAGACGCAGGCCAAAGUCGUGAAAGCCAAGCGGUCGUUCGCCCGCCACAGCUCUCUGUCCACCGACGAGUGCAGCUCGGCCGAGCCCAGCCCCAACAUCCAGCGACGGCUCCACGUCCCCUCCUUGCACGGCGCGGGAGCGUCGGACCACGGGCUCCAUCGGGAGCACACCAUCAACCUGCACAAAGGCGGGACGGUGAAGAUCAGCGGCAACUACGACUCCGGCACCUCCCGCCUGCUCAUCCGAGUCCUCGUGGCGGAGAGUCUCUACGACAAGCACUUUGACAUCAAGAGCAUCAACUGCUGCGUGUCCGUCUACCUGAACCCGGGCAAGCUGCAGAAGCAAAGGAGCAACAUCAUCAAGAACAGCCGCAACCCGGUCUUCAACGAGGACUUCUUCUUUGACUCGAUAAGCUUGGUUCAAGUGAAGAACUUGCUGGUGAAGUUCAAGGUGGUGAACAAAGGCACCAGCCUCAAGAGGGACACCCUGCUGGGAGAGCGGGAGCUGCCUCUAGCAAAGCUGCUCUCGGGGGUUUGAAGCCACAGGACCCGGGCGUCAAAGGAGGCAGAAAAAACAAGGACAUUGAUUGAAACCUAAAUUAGAAGUUUGAACCGGUUUCUAUUCAAACUCCUCUUUUUAUUCCAAUGAAAAUCGUGAACAUUACAAUUGAGGGAGAGGCAGGGAAAUGCAUUCUCAGAAGGAGUGAGGGGCUUUCUUCUGAGAUCUGAAAAGGCCGCCAAGCUCUUGAUGUUCCUGGAUGGAUGAUUUAUGGUGUUUGAGGCCGGCCUGGUUCCUUCCCCCAAUAAUGAAUGCUCAUUAAACCAAGCCGGGCUCGACAGCAACAGAUUCAUUUGACAGAUGAAGGGUUUCUUUUUAUGGACGUAUCUCCCAGCCAACUUCCUCAGCCAGGUCCGGUUCAAAGGUUGGACGACACCUGUGCAUCAGCCCUUACCGCUGUCCUUGCCUGCACUGUGUUUGUCAUGUGUGGCAUGCUUUUAUUAUUGUAAUGUGACAUGAAUCCACGACAGCGCAGGAUGUGAUUCCGCAUCAGCUACCCCGUGCGUUCAGCACAAAGAUGCUUUUGUGAAUCAGAGCUUUGAAGUGGUACUACAUCCUGAUGUGCAAAUGACCCUUUGAUCCCAGUUGCCAUGGCCCACCUCUUACUGGGCAGGGCGAGGGACAAACAGAGCAGUCACAA